AUGCGACCGGUUUGGGCGUCGGCCGGUUACUUCUGCGUUUCCGCCGCCGAUCCGGGCCCGACACGGCGCGUGCGGGUCGCCGAACGCUCCGUUCGCAAACGGACCGCUUUUGUCGUUGCGGCGGAUAGCGGCCGCACCCGGCCUGCACCCGUAAUCUCCCGGAAAUCGCCGCGCGGCACACCGGAGAAGACCCUCCAGGACGCAUGGCGGCGGUCGGCGGCUCGUGACAUCUCGCUGAAAGCCAGCGACGGGCGUUGGUACCGGGUUGUGUAUUCCGGCAGACGUGGCGGCAGCUACGGCCCCGACUUUGUGGACGCGGUCCUGAUGAGGGACGACGGCGCGAGGGUCACGGGCGACGUCGAGAUUCACGUGAGGCGAAACGGCUGGCGCGCCCAUGGGCACGACAAGGACCCGCGUUACAACGGCGUGACCUUCCACGCUUUCCUGGAAAACGCAGGUGAGGCAGGCACCGUAUCGUCGGCCAAUCGCGAUGUGCGGGAACUGCGGCUGGGUCCUUUGCUCGGCAAAAAAAAACGCGUUGGCAGCCGUUCGGAAAGCGCUACCGGUCCGGAUAUCCCUGUAGAAGGGCCGCUGCCGUUGCCGCUCGAUCUGUCCACCGCGGGCGAGGAGCGCUUCGCGGCCAGGGUCAGCGGGGCGGAGUUGGCGAUGCGUCACGAGGGAGUGGACCAGGCGCUAUACCUCGCCGUAAUGGAGUGCAUGGGCUUUCCGCGCAACAAGCGCCAGUUCAGGGAGUUGGCCCGCAGGCUGCCAUGGGCCUCGUUGGUUUCCCGGGUGACUACCGGAGACGUCUCCCCAAUGGAGGACCUGCUGCUAUGUUGGGCAGGCGGAUUUGCCGGCAAACCGGCCGGCGCAGGCCGGCUGAACGGGACGGCCCCGGUCUGGACCCGUCCGGCGGGAAGGCCGGACAAUGCGCCGGAACGCCGGAUCAGGGGCGCGGCGCGGCUGGCGGCGCGCUGGAGCGAAGGCGGCGGGCCGGCGCGUACCAUGACUGCGAUCGUGCUUGGGUCCAGGAAACCCCGUGACGUCAUUCGCGCGUUCGAGGCGCCGGGAGAAGGUGAAAGGCGUUCGCUGAUCGGGCGCGGAAGGGCGGCGGAAAUAGUCGUUAACGCAGUACUGCCUGGGUUGUGCGCUGCGGCGCCCUGCAGGGCGACAGCACGCUGGAGUCCGUCGUAG